AUGUUCUUUAUAUGGGCUACUGCAAAGUGCAAAGGUAAAAAUUAUUUCACAUGGCGUGGGCCGAAACCAGAAAUAUUCAUCAGCAACCCUGAACUUAUAAAGGAGAUUUUUUCUAAGAAUUAUGACUUUCUGAAGCCUACAAGUAAUCCACUACUCAAGAUUCUAGCAGCUGGACUUGUUGUCUAUGAGCGGGACAAAUGGGCAAAACAUAGAAAAAUAAUUAAUCCUGCUUUCCAUAUGGACAAGUUAAAGCAUGUGGUAGCAGCAUUUUAUAUGAGUUGUAGUGAGAUGAUGAGCAAAUGGGGGAAUAUGGUCCACAUAGAGGGGUCAUGUGAGUUGGAUGUAUGGCCAUAUCUUCAAGAUUUGACAAGCGACGCAAUUUCGCGCAUAGCAUUUGGUAGUAGCUUUGAAGAAGGAAGAAUAAUAUUUGAACUUCAGAAACAACAAGCUGUGCUCAUAAUGCAGGCUGUACGAUCAAUUUACAUUCCAGGAUUGAGGUUCUUGCCUACUAAAAGGAUGAGAAGAAUGAAGGAAGUUGACAAAGAAGUGAAGGCUUCAAUUAGGGCUAUUAUCGAUAAAAGAGAAAAGGCAAUGGAGGCAGGGAAAGCUAAUAAUGAUGACUUAUUGGGUAUAUUGUUGGAAUCCAAUUUUAAAAAUAUUCAACAGCAUGGGAACACAGAUUUUGGAUUGAGCACAGAAGAGAUAGUCGAAGAGUGCAAACUAUUUUACUUUGCUGGCCAGGAGAGCACCUCCUCUUUGCUUUUAUGGAUGAUAGUUUUGUUGGGUAGGCAUUUAAGCUGGCAAGCACGUGCUAGGGAAGAAGUUUUCCGUGCCUUUGGUAACGACAAACCAGAUUUGGACGGGUUGAAUCACCUGAAAGUGGUAAGUUCUGAUGAGCUUUCUUCUAAUUUAACCAAUUGUCAUUUCAACAUAUGCUCUGAUCAAAGCUCGAAAAAGGUAACCAUGAAUUUGAAUGAAGUUCUAAGGCUAUAUCCACCAGUCCCUUCCCUCGCUCGAACUGUUCAUCAAGAAACCAAAUUAGGAGACUUAAGCCUUCCAGCUGGAGUGCAACUCUUGUUACCAAUUUUACAGCUGCAUCAUGACCGUGAAAUAUGGGGUGACGAUGUUGAAGAAUUCAAACCAGAGAGAUUUUCUGAAGGAGUGUCCAAGGCAUCUAAUGGGAAACUCUCCUUUUUCCCAUUUAGUUGGGGACCCCGGAUAUGCAUUGGACAAAACGUUGCAAUGUUAGAAGCCAAAAUGGCACUAGCUAUGAUUCUACAACGCUUCUCCUUCGAGCUUCCAACAUCCUAUGCACAUGCCCCUCAUACUGCCCUAACCCUUCAACCUCAGCAUGGUGCUCACAUAUUUUUACGAAAGCUCUAG